CUAGUCAAUUUACUUAUCUCUGAUAAAAGCAGAACUAAAAUAACAUAACCUAACUUUGGAGAUUCACUAAUGUUUACUGGUAUUGGUAUUUCUUGUGCCUAUGUCAUUUUGUAAAAAAAAAAAAAAUAAUAAUUGUUUAUUAUAUUGAGUGUUAUUGCGAGUGUAUAUCAAAUUAACUGUUAAUUAAUAUAUUGUAUCAUUGUUUUAUGAAACUCUGUGAUGGCAGACAAGGAUCGUAUGCAAGAAGUAAAUUUGGUGAAAGAUAAAGCAAAUCUGAAAAACACGGCUGUUGAUUAUAUGAAAUUGAUGGAAAAAAUCAAUUUGGAAAGAGCUCAGAAACUAAAACGUAUGAGACGUAACAAUAUUAUAACCGGUUGCAUGCUUGGUGGUGCGGUCCUUGGUAUAUACGUGUAUUCUAUGGUCUCUGUUAAACAAGAGGUAUUUCUGGAUGAUUUUAAUGAGCCAGAGACUGUUUCUAAGUAAACAUAUUAGGUAGUGUUUUCAGUAUCUAGUAAAUUUAUUUGUGUUUUGUCAUCAGUUCAGAACACCAAGUGGAAGUAAUAUUGCAUCAACUAUUUUAAUCCUUGAAAACUUUGUAAUUAUGUCUUCACGUUUACGUUUGCCACCUCUGCCCUCAAUUAGAGACCUCAUACGCCUCUAUCGUUUACGGGCACUGCGACAGUUAUCUCAGAAUUUUUUAAUGGAUCAACGUUUGAUUGACAAGAUUGUGAGAGCAGCUGGCAGAAUUAAGGACGGUCAUGUGUGUGAGGUGGGACCAGGUCCUGGAGGAAUCACACGCGCCAUCCUGGGAAGGAAUCCUGAGAAGGUUGUGGUCAUUGAAAAGGAUCGUCGCUUUAUCCCAAUGCUUGAGCUUUUAACAGAAGCGACUGACGGCAAGAUGGAUGUGAUAAUCGGGGAUGUGUUAAGCUUCAAUAUGGAGAAAAUGUUUCCCGAGGAGAUGAGGUUGGAUUGGGAAAGUCAUACACCAAACAUUCACCUCAUUGGGAACCUGCCAUUCAGCGUUUCAACUCCGCUUAUCAUCCGCUGGCUGCACGCCAUAGCUGACAAGGGAAACGCUUGGUCAUAUGGUCGUGUCCCGAUGACCUUGACUUUUCAAAAAGAGGUUGCAGAGCGAAUGACUGCCCCUGUCACCUCCCCGCAGCGCUGUAGACUGUCGGUGAUGUGCCAGAAUUGGUGCAAUGUGCAGCAUGUGUUCACCAUCCCAGGAUCAGCGUUUGUCCCAAAACCAGAUGUGGAUGUUGGUGUUGUCCAUUUUGAACCAAAGAUUGAGCCCAUUAUCCCGCUACCUUUCACAAUGGUGGAAAAAGUAGUGCGCUGCAUCUUUAGCUUCAGGCAGAAGUACAGCAUCCGUGGGGCAGAGACCUUGUUUCCCGUCGUCUUGCGGGAGAGCCUGGGAUUGGAGAUGUACCGGCUGGCGGACGUCGACCCGCGAGCUCGUCCGUUCCAGCUGACGGUGGGUGAGUUUGGCCGACUGUGCUCGGCGUACGAGAGCAUCUGUCUGCGCGACCCCAGGCUCUUCAGGUACAACUCUCGGAGCAGCAAGAAGGAUUCGUUUGACGAGGAGGGGCAGCUGGAAGAAGGGCAGCCUCUAGAGACUCAAGGUGUGUCGAGUGUGUUGUAGUUGCGUGUGGAGCACAUGAGUUUCAAUUGCUGUAGAUACUUAAACUGCAAAAGUGAUUACUGUAGGUACGUAUAGAUUUCGUUGAUAUCUUUGUUGAUAAUUUUUUUUAUCAGUUUUAAUCUCUGGAUUGAAUUUGUUUUUCAAAAAAAAUAUUGUAUACAAAAAAAAUAAAGUUAAUUUGUUUAACCAGUCCAAUAGAAUGACAA